GAACUGUAAACGGCCGGGUUUUCGCCACGAGUUGCGAGCGAAUGAAUCCACGAAUCCAUUAAGUUCUGGACAUCAACGGGCGCCUCUCGGAUAGAUCAUCGAAGCGAUUAUAUUCGGCGUGGGGAAAUCUGUGCAUGAAGGUCCAGGCCCAAGUCUAGUACUCUGAUAGAACCAAAAACACACGCACACGCACACACGAGUCCUCCCAGUAGCGUCGCGUCCGAUGUUAGUCCGACAUAGAAUGACUCGCGCAAAUCGGGUGUAGUGUUUGUAGAUGCUAGAACUGUAGAAUUGGUAAGAUCGCGAUCAAAAUUGGAUAGUGCGAGGCAUGCCGCUGGCGGAACAUGGGACACUCGUGAAACAUGACACCUAGGAGACACGCGACAAGCAGAGCGCACGAAUUUCUACAACCAUGACAGAUAAGAUUUCCGAACGAUACGUUAGGAUCGGUUUUUGGAAAUAGAAACCAAUAGUAAGAGAAUUAAUGUAGUUUUGAGGCUGUGGCUGACAUAAGAUAUCUAGGGAAACCCAUCCUGCACUCAUCAUGCUGGAGGAAGAGUUAGAAAUAGCGUUGAAAGUGAUCGUGGUUGGCAAUGGGGGCGUCGGCAAAACCUCGAUGGUGCAACGGUACUGCAAAGGCAUCUACACGAAGGACUACAAAAAGACGAUAGGUGUCGAUUUCCUCGAGCGUCAAAUCGAAAUCGACGGGGAAGAUGUCCGCAUCAUGCUGUGGGAUACGGCUGGCCAGGAGGAGUUCGAUGCAAUUACCAAGGCAUACUAUCGUGGCGCUCAAGCGUGCGUGUUGACCUUCAGCACGACGGAUCGUGUCUCGUUCGAGGCCAUCCGUGACUGGAAGGUCAAGGUAGAGAACGAGUGCAGUGAAAUUCCGACGGUGCUAGUCCAAAACAAGAUAGAUCUUAUGGAUAAGGCGAUAGUGUCUUUCGACGAGGCCGAAGCGUUGGCUCAGGCCCUCGGAUGUCGGCUGAUUCGAACCUCGGUGAAAGAGGACGUGAAUGUGGCCAGCGUCUUUCGCUAUCUGGCGACCAAGUGCCACCAACAGAUGAAGCAGCAGUACAGUGCCUCCACGCCGAUCACGCAGCCAACGAUUAGUGCAUUUAGUCCGACUUUUCAGUCGAAAGCUACCAGCAAUACCAUUCAAUUAACGAAGCCAUCCGUCAAGCGAAAACCACUGCAGAAAAGAUGUGGUAUUUUCUAAAGACCGCGAACAUUUUUCCCAGACUGGUGAAGUCGCGGAACGCGAGUGAUGAUGAUAAUUACGAUCGACCGUCCAUUCGUUCGUCCGUCUGUGAGCUAGUUUUUUUUUUCAAUCUUUCACGAUGUUGACGGCUUGCUAGUAAUCUUGUUGAUAAUUGUUAAAUUAUAUGCCCAGAAUUAUCUGAGGGACUGUUAAUAAUGAAAGCUAUUGUCGUGUACCUAUUGUAAUGUAUCCAGACUCUUUCUUUUGUAAUUUAAGAGCUGAAACUAGAAAUAACAAAGAUGAUUAAAGUUAGUUAGGUGAUGUAUGAAAAUUGUGCCGCACAACGAAUUUAAUAAAGACAUAUAAUGGUAGGAACCGAUUGAAGGUGGUGUGAAUAUGAGACCAUGUUAAAACUGAUUUUCUGCAAUGACCUAUUAUUACAGUGACUGUUGAAUUGUAACAACUCAGUGAGAAUAAGUACUAAACAUUAUAAACAUCGAACAUUAAAAAACUUGUUCUCGAUGGAUGUAAAUCGAA